AUGUUUCACAAAAUUAUAGACGCCGUAACUGGCCACACAGCGGCGGAAGAAGAUAAAAUGCCACAAGGGGAGUGCAGGAAUCAACGGACGGUGGUAUUGAUGAAGAAGAAUGUUUUGGACUUCAACGACUUCAAUGCUUCCGUUCUUGAUCGUUUCCAUGAACUGCUUGGCAAAAGAGUCUCUUUGCAGCUCGUUAGUGCUGUAACUGCUGUUAACUCUGAUCCAACUGCACCCAAUGGGUUGCAAGGGAAGGUUGGGGAGGAAGCAUAUUUGGAAGAGUGGAUUACUACAGUCACUCCUUUAGUAGCAGGGGAGUCUGCAUUCAAUGUCACAUUUGAUUGGAAUGAGGAGAUUGGAGUUCCAGGAGCAUUCAUUAUAAAGAACAAUCAUCACAGUGAGUUUUACUUGAAGAGUCUUACACUUGAAGAUGUUCCUAAAGAGGGUCGGGUUCACUUUGUCUGUAACUCCUGGGUUUAUCCUGCUAAGCAUUACAAGAAAGAUCGCGUUUUCUUCACUAACAAGACAUAUCUUCCAGUUGAAACACCGGCGCCAUUGCAAUAUUAUAGAAAUCAAGAGCUCCUGAACUUGAGAGGAGAUGGAACUGGAGAGCUCCAGGAAUUGGAUAGAGUCUAUGAUUAUGCAUACUACAAUGAUUUGGGUGAUCCUGACAAUGACAAAGCGCGACCAGUUCUUGGAGGGUCUACUGAUUAUCCUUAUCCUCGAAGGGGUAGAACAGGCAGACCACCAACAAAAACAGAUCCUGAGACUGAGAGCAGGCUGCCACUUCUGAUGAGCUUGAACAUCUAUGUUCCAAGAGAUGAGCGAUUUGGUCACUUGAAGAUGUCAGAUUUUCUUGGUUAUGCACUGAAAUCCAUAUCUCAAUUCAUUGAGCCUGCAUUAGAAUCUGUACUUGACAGCACCCCAAAAGAAUUUGACUCCUUUGCUGAAGUAUACAAACUCUACGAUGAAGGGAUUCAGCUUCCUAAGGACCAUUUUCUUGAUGACAUUAGAAAAAACAUCCCCUUAGAAAUGCUCAAGGAGAUUUUUCCAACCAACGAAGAUAAUCUCUUUGAAUUCCCAACACCACAGGUGAUCCAAGAGGAUAGGUCUGCAUGGAGAACAGAUGAAGAGUUUGCCAGAGAAAUGCUGGCUGGACUGAACCCUGUCAUCAUUAGUCGUCUUGAGGAAUUCCCACCAAGAAGCAAGCUCAACCCUGAACUAUAUGGUAAUCAGGAUAGUAAGAUAACGAAACUGCACAUAGAGAGUAACUUAGAUGGGCUGACCGUUGAGCAGGCAAUUGAGAAGAACAAGCUAUUCAUACUUGAUCACCAUGAUUCACUGAUGACAUACCUGAGAAGGAUAAACACUACUUCCACUAAGACUUAUGCAUCCAGGACAAUCCUUUUCUUGAAAGAUGAUGGUACUUUGAAACCACUGGCAAUUGAAUUGAGCAAACCACACCCUGAUGGAGAUCAGUAUGGUGCCAUUAGUAACGUCUACACGCCAUCAGAGCAGGGCGUUGAAGGUUCCGUUUGGCAGCUGGCUAAAGCUUAUGUGGCUGUAAAUGACUCUGGCGUUCAUCAACUCAUCAGCCACUGGUUGAAGACUCAUGCAGCAAUUGAGCCAUUUGUGAUUGCAACAAAUAGGCAAUUGAGUGUGCUUCACCCAAUUUAUAAGCUUCUGCAACCUCACUACCGUGAUACAAUGAACAUAAAUGCAUUGGCUCGGCAGAUCCUCAUUAAUGCUGGUGGAGUUCUGGAAUCUACAGUUUUCCCUGCAAAGUAUGCCAUGGAAUUGUCUUCUGCAAUCUACAAAAACUGGACUUUUCCAGAGCAGGCACUUCCUGAAGAUCUCAAGAAUAGGGGAAUGGCAGUUGAGGACCCUAACUCUCCACAUGGUCUCCGCCUAUUGAUAGAAGACUACCCAUAUGCUGUUGAUGGGCUUGAUAUCUGGUUUGCAAUCAAAAACUGGGUUAAAGAUUAUAUCUUCUUCUACUACAAAAGCGAUGAAAUGAUGCAAAAGGAUUCUGAACUGCAAUCCUGGUGGAAGGAACUACGAGAGGAGGGUCAUGGCGACAAGAAAAAUGAGCCUUGGUGGCCUAAAAUGCAGAAUCGCGAAGAGCUGAUAGAAACAUGCACUAUAAUCAUAUGGAUAGCUUCUGCUCUCCAUGCUGCGGUCAACUUUGGACAAUACCCUUAUGCAGGUUUCCUCCCUAACCGCCCGACUAUAAGCAGAAGAUUCAUGCCUGAAAAAGGAACUUCAGACUAUGAUGAGCUAGAGUCAAAUCCUGACAAAGUGUUCCUGAAAACAAUCACUGCUCAGCUGCAGACCCUUCUGGGAAUUGCCCUUAUAGAAAUUUUGUCAAGGCAUUCAACAGAUGAGGUGUACCUUGGAAAAAGAGACACACCUGAAUGGACAUCAGAUAAAAAUCCAUUGCAAGCAUUCGAGGAGUUCGGAAAGAAAUUGGGAGACAUUGAAGAAAGAAUUAUAGCACGAAACCAUGACAAGAUGCUGAAGAACCGCGUUGGACCUGUCGUGAUGCCGUACACUUUGCUCUUUCCUACUAGUGAAGGUGGUAUUACUGGCAAAGGAAUUCCCAACAGUGUUUCAAUCUAGAGCUAAACUUUCCAGCUUCAAAUUCGUAUUAUUAUUGUAGUAUAUUGGUUAUAAAUUUACUUGUUUGAUCUUGUUAUCUA